UAGGUGGGCCAAACCGCAGCCCAUCCCCCACAAAAUUCCCCAGCGUCGUUGCGUCUUCGUCCUCCGAGGAGUUCUCGUUGAUGGAGGAAGAGAAAGCAGCUGCGUACUACGACGAGCUCACUCGGAAGGGCGAAGGGGCCGCUAGAUUUAAACAAGGGCUUGGUUUCAGCUCCCAAUCGUCCACAUCCACCGCGCCUUCGAAGACCCGUUCAUUUCUCAGCAACUUCGUCAGGGCUUCCAGUCCCACCAAGGCCUCCCAGCUUGAGAAGCAAGCUCAGCUCGAAUCCAUUCAGAACAAGCUCAAAAAGAAACCCAAAUCAUGCGAAGAAAACUCGUCUAAAUUUUCCGACAGAAGUGAAAGAGAUUCUAGGGUUUCUGACAGGAAUGAUAAAGUUUCAAGAGAUAGGGAUCGCCAUUCAAGCCGGCGAAGCCGGAGCCGUGAAAGGAGAAGCCGAAGCAGGGACCGGCGGAGUAGAAGCCGAGACAGGCGGAGUCGUUAUCGAUCUUCUAGUAGGGAUAGAAAGAGGAGGAGUAGAGAUGGGGAUAGGGAUAGCGAUGGAGAUAGACAGAGGAGGAGGAGGGGUGGGUCGGAUGAGGUGGGGGGGCGGCGGAGGGAUAGAGGGAGAAGUAGGAGUUCAUCUCCGAGGGAGCGAAGAUUGGUGAAGGUUGGGAAAGAGAAGAAUGGUGGUGUUGACUAUGCGAGGUUGAUUGACGGAUAUGAUAAAAUGACACCUGCAGAAAGAGUCAAAGCCAAGAUGAAGCUUCAGCUUUCUGAAACUGCUGAAAAGGAUGCAACAAAGGGCAUGGGAUCAGGAUGGGAGCGGUUUGAGUUCAAUAAGGAUGCCCCGCUUGAUGAUGAAGAAAUUGAAGCUGCCGAAGAUGAUGCAAUGUUAGUUAAGCAUGUGGGUCAAAGUUUCCGGUUCUCUGCAGUGGAGACAAGAAGGGAGGAACAAAUAAAGGCUGCCCACGAUGAGGCCAUAUUUGGAGGAUCCACAAUUCCACCAUCCAAUUUCUCAGACAAUGAACCGGAGGUGGAGAAUGACACAAAGGAGAGCAAUGAAAGUAGCCUUGGUACAAGUCUCAUAAGUGAAAAGGUAAGUAAUUUUAGAGAGAGAACACUGGUACAGCAUUGCAGGUACUUAAUAAGCCCCGAGUUGCAUGUUGUAGGUACUUGCCAAGCAACAGGGUUCUUGGCGUGAUCGUGCUCGUAGGGUGUAGGAUCAACAAGUGGAUGUGAAGAACUGGUAAGCCUGGGAAAAGAAUCAGUCAUUCAUGACUACAAGUAGCAAAUGAUUGUGGGGGGAAUUCUUUUCUGAGCAAACGAGGAUUCAGUGUUAAAGCCAAAAAGGGAAGCUUUGAUCUCCUCAGGAACCAGCCCAGAACCAAGAACUUCCCUGGCAAUUGCUGUUAAUGCAAGCAUCUGGCAGAUGCCAAUGAGUGAAGUCCAGAUUGUAAUCAGCCAUCUUGGUGGUUACACUUCUAUAUUUAAUCAUCAGGAUUUGGAGUCUGAAAUAAUGUAGGUACAUCCAUUUUAGGUCUCUCUCCAUAUGCUAAUUGAGAAUUUAACAUGGAAUUAGAGCUUUGCUUUGCCGGAGUUCAAAUCUUAUCUUAUUUAUUUCCUCUGUUGAAUGCCA